UAAACCAUUUGUGAUUUCUGCCUAAACAUUGAAAAUUGUAAAUUUUCGUGAUAGAAAUUACUUAGCUGAAUUAAAUGUGCUCACUAUUUGGGCGUGGCUUAGCCCACAAUAUAUAUAAUAACGGUUUGUAUUAUUUUGGAUUAUCUAUUAAUUGCGCUUACCUUAAUUUCACGCAAGAUAGUGUGGCGAGCGCGUCGUAUGUGGGCCGAUACUGCAACAGCUAAGCCGGCAGCCGCUGCUCCUGAUCUGCACAGCAAAAUUGUGGACGUACGUUGUGAGGGUAUGAUAGUAAAGAUAAUACCCGCACGCAAGAACAACUACAUGUAUUUGGUAAAAUCGGCGGGGCGUCAUUGCAAAUACAUAAUACAAAUUUUCAUUAUUUUCCUUUUUGAAGAUAACCGACUUGCCCACCGGUUGUACAGCUGCCAUCGAUCUGUCCGAUAACAAAAUUCUGUUUGAUGUACUCAAACAGGAGAAAAUGAAACUUUCCUACGCUUUUAUUACCCAUCAUCACGAGGAUCAUUCUGGGGGCACAACAGAAUUGGCCACCGAGUGCCCGGAAGUGAAAAUCUGUGCCGGUGAUGAGCGUAUCAAGGCCGUAAAUCAUUGCAUUAAGCGUGAUGAGAAAAUAAAGCUGGGCCAGAUGACAAUUCACUGCAUGCAUACACCUUGCCACACAGUCGGACAUUAUUGCUAUUUUGUGGAGUGCGGUGCGGGUGGUCCGCCCGCACUCUUCACUGGUGACACACUCUUUCAAGGUGGCUGCGGUGGCUUUGAUGAGGGCACGCCGGAACAAAUGUAUGCCAUCGUAAAACGUUUCUGUGCACUUCCCAAAGAGUCGCGUGUAUUUGGCGGUCAUGAGAAUACAAUUUUGAAUUUGCGUUUUGCCGAAACUGUGGAACCUGAAAAUUCAAAUAUUCACUCACGUUUAGUUUGGGCGCAGAAACAACGCGAAAAUAAAUUGCCUACUCCGCCAUCGCUGCUGUGCGAGGAGAGACUGUGGAAUCCAUUUAUGCGUGUCGACCAUCCGGAUGUGCAGCAAUACACUGGCGAUACAGAUCCGAUUUACACCAUGUUUUGUUUGCGCAAACAGCGAGACACGUUCAAGUAGCGAGCGAAUCAAAUGAAAAAGGAAUGAUAAACAUUUUCGUCUAAUAAACAUAUUAGAAUGUUUUGACUUUUUUUAACACUAGUGAG